AUGACGACCAUGGAUCUUCGUGUCGGUAACAAGUACCGCAUCGGUCGAAAGAUCGGUUCCGGUUCUUUCGGUGACAUUUACCUGGGCACUAACAUUAUCUCCGGUGAGGAGAUUGCUAUCAAGCUCGAGUCCGUCAAGGCCAAGCACCCUCAGCUCGAGUACGAGGCCCGCGUCUACAAGUCCCUGGCUGGUGGUGUCGGCAUUCCCUUCGUUCGCUGGUUCGGAACUGAGUGCGACUACAAUGCCAUGGUUCUUGACCUUCUCGGCCCCAGCUUGGAGGAUCUCUUCAACUUCUGUAACCGAAAGUUCUCCCUCAAGACCGUUCUCCUUCUUGCCGACCAGCUCAUCUCCCGAAUCGAGUACAUCCACGCCAAGUCCUUCAUUCACCGAGAUAUCAAGCCCGACAACUUCCUCAUGGGCAUUGGCAAGCGUGGCAACCAGGUCAACGUUAUCGACUUCGGUCUGGCCAAGAAGUACCGAGACCCCAAGACUCACUUCCACAUUCCUUACAGAGAGAACAAGAACCUUACUGGUACUGCCCGUUAUGCUUCCAUCAACACUCACCUGGGUGUCGAGCAGUCGCGACGUGACGACAUGGAGUCUCUCGGCUAUGUCAUGCUCUACUUCUGCCGCGGCUCUCUCCCCUGGCAAGGCCUUAAGGCUGCUACCAAGAAGCAGAAGUACGACCGCAUCAUGGAGAAGAAGAUGACCACCCCCACCGAGGUCCUUUGCCGUGGCUUCCCCAACGAGUUCGCCAUCUACCUCAACUACACUCGAUCUCUUCGCUUCGAUGACAAGCCCGACUACAGCUACCUCCGCAAGAUCUUCCGUGAUCUCUUUGUCCGUGAGGGUUUCCAGUACGACUACGUCUUCGACUGGACCGUCUACAAGUACCAGAAGAACGCCCAGGCUAUUGCCCAGGCUGCUGGUCAGGCCAACCCCGACGAUGAGGAGAAGGCCCGCGCCAGCCGCACCAACGCGGCUACUGCUGGCCAGUCGGCUGCCAAGCCCAACGCCAUCCCCAGCACCCGACGCAAGAUGCUCGAGCGGGGCGCUGGCGCUGGCGGCGUCGAUACUCCCGACACCAACCGUGCCAUCGGUGGAAGCGACAGGAUGCUUCGCUCAGCUUCAAAGGGAGCGGGAUAUGCCUCGGGCAGCUAUCGACCGAAAUGA